AUGGCCACCAGAGACCGCUUUAGCGGUUUCGGUGAGCCUCCAACAACUCCUCUGCAGCGCUACAUAUUAAAUGCCUGCGAUCCCCAAAACUUCGAGCCAAACCUCGCCCUAAACCUCGAGAUCUCGGACCUGAUCAACGCGAAGAAGGGCAAUGCACCCCGAGAAGCCGCCGUUGCGAUCGUCCACUAUAUCAACCACCGCAACCAAAACGUGUCCAUUCUCGCGCUCAACCUCCUUGAUAUAUGCGUCAAAAACUGCGGCUAUCCCUUCCACCUCCAGAUAAGCACGAAGGAAUUCCUUAAUGAGCUCGUGCGGCGCUUCCCCGAGCGCCCGCCAGUGCAUGCGUCGCGGGUGCAGGCUAAGAUCCUCGAGCUGAUUGAGGAGUGGCGACAAACAAUAUGUCAGACAUCGCGGCAUAAAGAAGAUCUGGGGUUUAUUCGGGAUAUGCACCGGCUGCUGAGUUAUAAGGGCUACGUGUUUCCGGAGGUGCGGAGAGAGGAUGCUGCGGUGCUGAAUCCGAGCGAUAAUCUGAGGUCCGCAGAAGAAAUGGAGGAGGAAGAAAGGGCGGCGCAAUCGGCGAAAUUACAAGAACUCAUUCGACGAGGUGGUCCACACGAUUUGCAGGAGGCCAACAAGCUUAUGAAGGUCAUGGCAGGAUACGAUACAAGAAACAAGACAGAUUAUCGGGCGAAAGCUGCCGAGGAAGUGGGCAAGAUACAGCAGAAGGCUAAGCUGCUCGAAGAGAUGCUACAGGGUUAUAAGCAGGGAGACCAGAUAAAAGAGGGCGAUGUUUUCGAGGAACUUGCAAAUGCAUUAGCAAGCGCACAACCGAAGAUUCAAAAGAUGUGUGAGGAGGAAUCGGACGACCACGAAGCCGUCGCAAAGCUAUUCGAGAUCAAUGACAGCAUUCACAGGACGAUAGAGAGAUAUAAAUUGAUAAAGAAGGGUGACAUUGAAGGCGCGUCAAAGAUACCCAGGGGCACAUUAGGGACUAGUGGAGCAGGCGUAUCAAAAGGACCCGAUAACGAGCUGUCUCUGAUCGACUUUGGAGGUCCCGAAGACACACCAGACGCACAAACCGCAUCUUCGUCAUCGCAAACCGCUCCUACAGGCAAUCAUCUAGAAGACGAUCUUCUCGGGCUAUCAAUAGGGGGGGACUACUCUGGACAGACUGGAGGCAUAUCAUUGGGAUCUUCCAACGGCGCUGGGCUCUCUGGCUUCUCAUCCGGAGUAUCGAGUCCAGCACCACCUCCGCAGCCACAACAGCCGCCUUCCACAAUACCACAGCCAAACUACGACCCUUUCGGCUCCAUCAGCAGCUCACAGCCCCCUCCACCGCCCAUGUCGCCUCCUUCCUUCUUCUCGCAGCCGCAAAUCACACAGCCCCAACAACCACUACCUCGACAAUCCGCCGCCGACCCUUUUGCCGCCCUCUCCUCGCCAGCACCUCGGCAAAACUCGCCAUUCCAGUUCCAGCAAUCCAUUAGACCCUCCGCCACACCAGCUGCUUCAAAUGACCUUCUUGGUCUGGGAACCCCUUCCGCUCCAGCUUCUCAACCCGUAAACGAUGACGACGAAUGGACGUUCGCAUCUGCUGUUCCAGAUCUUUCGAAAGACAUUGUCGUCAGCAAUACACAAGUGCAAGUCACCUUUAAUGUGGUACGGGAAAACGACAACGUAAUUUUGAUCAAGAGCAAGAUAUCGAACAAUACCGCGCAACAAGUAACGGAUCUGACGUUCCAAGUUGCGGUUUCGAAGGGCUACUCCCUCUCCCUAGAACCCCAAUCAAGCGUCUCAUUGGCUCCGCAUCAAGCCAACGGUAUCACCCAAACUAUCCGACUUAACGGCGUCCCGCGCGGUGUUGGCGAUAGGGUCAAGAUGAGGUGGAAGGCGGCGUACGCGGUCGCGGGGACGAGGACUCAGGAGCAUGGGGAGAUACCAAGUUUGGGUGUUGCGUGA